UUCCGCUGUACGGUUGUACAAAGCCGUCUAAAAAAUGGCGGAAGAAAGUGGUAAGUAAGAACAUCUUAAUUUUCUCAUUUUAUCACAAAUAUGGAGUCAAGGUUUUACACAACUCAAAAUAUUAUGAUGUCUUAGAACUAUAGGUGCAAAGAAAAUGUUUGAGAAUUUUUCCUUUAUAUAGAUAUGGAUGCUCGGAUAUUCAGGUUUCAAGACUGUGAGACGUCUCCAGAUUCGUUCUAUGAUUAUCCAGCAAAUAUUCGAGACAAUUCAAUUCCACUAAUUAUUGACAAUGGUGAGUUCAUACUUUUGAGCCCAAGAUAAAGCUUAUGAUUAUGCUGAGGCAAAGUACACAGGUAUUAUUAUGACACUGUAAAUUUAGUUUAUGCUAUGAAUCAAGUGCAUUUUUUUAAACCUUCGAGGGAAGAAGGGUUAUAUCAUAUAAACUAGCAACACUCUUCAUCCUAUCAGUCACAUAAAUUUUGUUAGCACACCCUCCAACCAAAUUCAAUAAGAUAUGGGGCUAUAAGUUUUCCUAGUUAACCCUUUAACUCCCAAGAUCUGAUUGUUAAUUCUCCCCUCUAGCUGCUAGACAUUUCCUUUUGAAUUAAUUUUGAGAACUUGGUGCUAGAUCAAGAUAGCAGCUUCUACCUGAUAAGUUUGAAUAUUCUCAUUACCUGUUUGCUGAAUAAUGUAUGGAUAUUGUAAGGAGAAGUUUUAUGUUAAUCACUUCUGGGAGUUAAAGAUUUAAUGUCAACUCUUGAACAUAGGAAAUACUACAUGUUUAUCACAACCAGUGAAUGGGUCUUGCCUACAGGAGUAUUUUUAUCCAAGAAUGAACAAAGAGACUUAGUGUUAGGGUUUUAAGUAGAUUUUUCACAGGAGUACCCUUGUUGGGACUCCCUCUGUACAUCUUUUCCAAAUGAAUAUACAAUUUAUAAUUUCAGGUGGACACUGCUGCCGAGCAGGGUGGGCUACUGACAAUAAGCCAAGAUUGAACUUCCGAAAUCUGGUUGCAAAAGCCAGAGGAAGGAAAGUAAGUAUGGCUGUUUUCUAAUGCAUGUCCACCCUGCUUUUACUUUAAUGCUUUUCAAGGUUUCCCUUUUUUGAAAUUUGGUGAAAUUGACUGUAAUUUUUCAGGAUGGGGAUGCAUCAGGUGCUGGCUACUCUGUGGGGAAUGAUAUUGGAAACCUAGAGGUGGUCAGAUGGGCCUUAAGGACUCAGUUUGAUCGAGAUGUUGUGACACACUAUGAGUGCCAGGUAGAUGGGUUUAACCCUUUAACUCCCAUGAGUGACCAAGACAGAAUUUCUCCUUACAAGAUCAAUACAAUAUCAACUAGAUAAGAGAUGAGAAUUAAGAAAAAUAUCAAUUUGGGAAUAAUUAGUUGAUUCAAUACUAAAUUCUCUGAACUAACAUUAUAAGAAUUGUAUGGUUGAUAGGAAGGAGAAUUACAAAUUUGAUCUGGUAGUUAAACGGUUUAAUUGGAGUGAAGGGUUUUAUAUGGAAACCAAAUUAGUAAACUUUGAGUGUCAAUGAAAAAGAGAGAUGUUAACUUAAAACAUCUUUCACAGUACAUUUGUGUGUCACAGAGGAAAUCAGGGUCUAUCAUCAGGAAUCAAGCCUCUUUCUUCAGAUGGGUUGUAUUCAGUAUUGUUGAUCUCAGCAGUACACAGGUGGCUUGUCUCUUGUAAUACAUGGUUGUUUAUGUGUGUGUAGCUAAACAACAAGGUCCCUAUAGCUCAGCUGGUACAACAUUGAGGGAAAAUUCUCAAGCGUAGCCUGAGAUUUUGAAUUCUUACAGUUCACUCAUAAGAGUCAGUUAUAGAUGCACCACGAUUACACCCUCUGAAAAGUCUUGCAAUGUAUACCUUAUUUGAGUGUUUGCAUGGUGCAUUGUUACUGGCAUAGUAAUGGUAAAACUGUGCAUGAUGUUUUAAAACAGGAGUAUGUGUUUGAUCACAUCUUCAGUCACCUUGGAGUCAACACACCAGGAAGUGUCAAUCAUCCUAUUGUUAUGACAGAACCAAUUUGUAACCCAAACUACUGCCGACAGUGUAAGUAUUGUAAGAUUAUUGAUGUCAUAUACAAUAAACAUAAUUCAAAGCAGUCAUUUGGGCUUGUGAUUCAACACUAUUGAUCCUUAGGUGUGGAGAAUUGUUUUGGUAAUGAACCUCACAAGGACUUUGAAAAGGCUUUUCAUCCAGUAUCUCACAUUCAGGCUAUGUGCAAAUAUGUUUGCUAUCCAUUUUAGUUCCAUUUGUUACAUCUUUUAUUCAUUUAAUUAUUUGUCCUUGAUCUUUGUCUUUCAGCCAUGUCUGAGUUGUUGUUUGAGUGUUACAAUGUCCCAAGUGUAGCUUAUGGAAUUGACAGCCUGUUCAGCCUUUAUUACAACUCUCCAAACUCAGGUGAGUAUAGUUUACUGUUAGAGCAUAUGUCAGGGACAUAACCUUCAUCAUUUUGUGAUCAAUGAAUGUUUCUGUGAACCAAUUAUAUUAAUUAACCUCUUUCAAGAGGUGAAUCUAUUGAAUGUUAAAUUCAUUACUUGCAGACAAAACCACUGCACUUGUGGUGUCAUCUGGAUGUCAAGUCAGUCAUGUUUUGCCUGUUGUGAAUGGGAGACUGGAUGCCAGUAACUGUAAGAGGUUAGUAUGUUUUCCCCUCAAGCACAAAAUGGGAUUGCUUGUACCUUAAUGAAUAAUGAGACUAACUAAAUUGUGCGAUUGCAUUAGCUGUAUUUAUUUCUAUAAUGAACAAUAGUUAAUAAGUUGAAGUGAUUCUGUGGUUCAUGGGGAAUCCCAUAUGCUAUAAAGUCAUGACAAAGAUUUUCAUUGCAAAUUUUAAAGUAUACCUCCUAAAGGUUAACAACUCUGGGUAUGGCUAGAGUUAUUGUACUCCAAAGUAAAUGCAAUUGUACCAGAAACUGUACAGUUACUGUAAAAGUAAAUGAAGAUGUCACAUGCUCUUAAGUUUGCUGCAUGAUUUCCUUUAUAAUGUUGUUUUUAAAAUUAAUUUUUCUUUCUUUGCAACCCAGAGAGAUAUAAUGAUGUACCCACUUUUAUAUCAGAGCAUUACUCCCUCCCCCUCCCCUUAAUGAAUGUACAUACAUGGUGUUUGAUUAAACCUUGUUGAGCACUGACCAUACAGGAUUAACCUGGGUGGAGCACUUGCCACAUGGUACAUGCAGCGGCUCUUACAGCUCAAACAUCCCCAUCAUGCUACUCAGAUUACACUCUCAAGAGCACAGGUGAGUACAUUUGGAUUUUUUUAAACCUUCAACUCCCAUGAGUGACCAAGACAGAAUUUCUCCUUGCAAUAUUGUUACAAUAUCAAACAGACAAGUGAUGAGAAUAAGGAAAAAAUAUCAAUAAGUGGAUUAUUAGUUGAUCCGAUAUCAAAUUCUCCAAACUGACAUCAUGAAAAUUGUGUGGUAGACAGUAAGGAGAAUUACUACUGAGAUCUUGGGAGUGAAGAGGUUAAGUAGACUUUAAGGUACCUACAUCUAUGAUGUGAAUUGGAGAGUCAAAUUUAAACUAGACCCAGUUAAGCUGUUCAUACAGUUCUGCUUUGUUUUGAAGAUGGCUCUUGGCUAGUAACAAUUGUUUUCAAAGGACAGAUAACAACUUCUUUGUUUGUUCAAUUUUAGGAACUAGUCCAUAGUCAUGGUUUCAUAGCAACAGAUUACUCCAAGGAACUGGAAGAAUGGUCUUCAUCUGAUUAUUAUGAUGAUAAUGUGCACAAAAUUCAGUUGCCCUAUGCUCAGGUUGGUUCUACUCAGAAGAAAUACACUGCAGUUCAAUCACUGAUGAUUUUGAAAAAAAAUUUCAGUAAAAUACAAAAGGUCGUUUUGUAGUUGCAUGGAAACCUCUUUCUAGCAGAGUUUGAGGUCAGUGAUGUAAUUUACAGACCCAGUUUUUCUGCUCAGAUUCACUUACGUUAGAAAUCUGAGCAGAAAAUAUUAAGUUCCCCAAAAUUACUAUAUGGACUUAGAAAAUGAGGUAAGAUAUUUCUUAUCUCUGGGUUUAAAUAGAGGGAAAAAUUUCAAUUCAAACAAGAUUUUGAAUUUACAUGUAGGAGGCUAUACUUUGAAAUAUGGCCCUCUACAUUAUUACAACUUACAUGAGAAACUGUAAACAACUGUAUGUAACAAGAAAUCCAAGAUGUUGCCAGGUAGUUUGAGUAAAAGGUGGUUCUUAAAGCUGUUAAUUUUUAGGCUUCACUUUUUUAUGGUAACAGGUUCCAACUCCACAAGCAAGUGGACCCAAGAAUGAAGAAAAGGAAAAGCUCAGAAGACAAAAGCAAGGAAGGAGGUUACAAGAAAUCAAUGCAAGAAGAAGAGAAGAAAAAGUAAAUAUUUGUUGAUAUUGUGUUAAAGUAUUACUUGUUGAUUAAAAAAAUUUCUUAAAUUGAAAAUUAUCCCUGUUUAUAUCAGCUUGCAGAAGAACAAGAAAGGCUGCAAGAUCUGAUGAAUAUUCAGGAACUGGAAUCUCAAGACAGUGAGGAGUACCAGGUAAGACAGGCCUUUAGCCUGACAAAACAUGGUCUAUACAUUUCAUAAAGUUGAAUUUUAAUGAAGUGCUUAAUUACAUAAAAGCCAAUGGAAAACUGUUCAGCAUGUGUUUUGAUGAAGGUAGUAGAAUUGUAUUUCAAUUCUUUGGAAUAUGAAUGCACUACCCUUGGCAAAUAAUUCUACUAUUCUACUGUGUGUACCAAAUGAGUUACUUUACCUCAUGCACUGCUACUUUAAUACAUAUGCACUUGAGUGACAUAGCAUUUAGCAUUUUUAUGGUCAAAGUGAAGAUUAUGACAUAAAUUUUAUUGUUUUAGUACUACUUUGAUUUCAGUAUAGAGAUAUUGUUUUUUAGCAUCCUCAUUGUCAAAGUCAAGGAUUCUAAAACAAAUUUGUUUGUUUUUCAUUCACAGAGAUCAUUAACAGCAGCAGGCUUUCAGAGUUCUGAGGUGAACUACAUGUAUCUGCCUUUUGCUUCAAGUCCUUCAAUGUCUAUCUGUUGUGUUUUAUUUUUUCAUUUCUCAUUAGCCACUUUACUUCCUGCUUAGUAGUUGGCUUCAUCAGCCCAUUCAGGUUUUUGUUUUGUCUGUCUGGAAUUGUCUGUCUGUCUGUCUGUCUGUCUGUUCAUCAUCAGCCCAGACUGAUCUUAGGGAGGAGCUGGUUUUCUAUUUUGGUCUUUUCAUUAGAUCUUUUUCUUGAAGUUUUCUCAAGUAGUUAUUGUGACUAUUUGAUACGCUUGUUUGCUUGAUUUUAUUGCUAGUUUGGGAAACUCUGUUUUUGAAACUCAAUAAUUCUUUGUUAGGCAUUACAAGCUGCUAUCAAAAAUCUGAUGACUUCUAUAAAAAAGCGAAAGGACAAGGUUGUCGCCAUGCAGACAGCUUUGGAAUUAGAUUCCGAGGUGAGCUUUUGGAGGAAUACUAAGGAAUAAUGAGAUGUCAUGCCAUGCCCCUAUAACACAACUUUGUAACCAAUUGAAGGGUCUUAGUCAAGGAUAAAUGUAGUGUCCAAGAACAAUGGAAUUAAUUAUUUUUGAAAGUAAAAAAUUUCCGUAUUUCCUUACAAUGGCAGGUCAAGGAGAAAGACGAAAUUAUCGACGUUGUGUCUGAAGCGCCUGCUGCCGAGAACAAAAAGAGACUGCGAACUCCCAAAGGAGCAGCAAUGGCUGAGGAGAGAAGUGGGAAGAGAUUAAAGGAGGAGAAGAAACAAGAAAUGCAACAAAAGAGUCAAGAGGACGUGCAACGAGAGGAAACGUUUAAAACAUGGCUCACGGGUUUGCACAGAAGGAGAAAGGUGUGUUUCAGGGAGAAGGUCUUCUUCAUUGGUACAUGAACCAUUUGCGUUGCUUGUUACAGGUCCAAAUUCGCUUGUAAAAAGGGACCGGGGCUCCAUGUCCAGGGGGCCCAAAUCCGCUAGGACACUGGUUUGGUGUAGUUCUGUUCGUUGAACCUUACUUCCGACCUAUACUGCUAAUAUGAUGAAAGACUGCCGCUUGUUAUGCAGCCAAAACAGAACAGAAUAUGAAUGUACAAGGCUCUUUUUUUCAAGGCAUGAAAACCAGCUCUUAGAGGUCUUACUAAUGUUGUAAGUGCUUCCCUGACAGGCCUUCAGUUGUUUAUGAGUGGACAAUUUAAGUGAUGAUGCCCAAAACUGCACGUGGGUCUCUGACUGUAUGUUAUUUUGAUAGGAAAUACUAGACGCUCGUCAACAGCGAGUACAAAGGAGAGAGGAACUGGCAAGCAGAAGAAGUCAGGCAUCCCUGGAAAGAAUGAGGAUUUUAUCACAAUUGGCUUACGAUCCGAAUGGUAUGUACGUGUAGUGAACUGUGUGAAAGCUGUUUAUUGUUUUUUAUCUUAAAUUUAACAAUUUUUUCUGUCAGCAUUAGCUUAUAUUUGUAAGGUCUAGUGUCAAGGGCUGUCUUAGACAAAAACAAAAAACGAAAAAAAGUAGCCCUGUGCUUCUUUAUGCAGGGCUUUCACUAAGUUUCGAAGAUGACUAAGUUGCAUUGAAGUAUGAGAUCUUCAGCAACAGGAGCUGGUGAGAGGUGUGCAAGGGGUCGAGCAAAGAUAAUGACCCCCUCCCUUUCUCCCCCGCGGUAAACCUCUCCCCGACUCGUCCCAAGUCUUUCGGCGAGAGGUGAAAUGUGGGUCCUGCAGCGCUAAUACUGAGGGUCUACUCACAGGCAAAGAUGUCGAGAAUAAAGGAAAUGAUCACUAGCCAAAGAAGCCCUUGAUUGUUUGACAAAUUCUCCUCAUCAGGACCUUUGGAAAUUUAUAGAGAACAGUAUGGAGAAUAUACUUACUGAUGUUAGGGUGUGAAGGGUUAGCAGUAUGAUAUAUGGUCAAGUGUAACGAGACAGCAAUCGACAUCUCCAGCGGUAACAUCAAUUGACCUCAGUGGUCACAGAUGUUGUACACGCAGGUUAUGGCCCCUACUGACAGCUCUGGUUAAGUAUCAGAGUGCGGAAGUUAAUUAGAUGGAGGAAAAAAGUCUCGGAAUCAAUAUUCCGAUUGUUAAACCUUCAAGUCCCACUAGUGAACUAGACAGAAUUUCUCCCUACACUAUCAGUACAAUAUCAAGCAGACAAGUGAUGAGAAUAAAGAAAAAUAUCAAUCAGGGAAUCAUUGGUUGAUCCAAUUCCAAAUUCUCCAAACUAACAUCCGAUUAAUUUCAUGGUAGACAGUUAGAAGAAUUAGUAAUAAGAUCUUAAGAGUUAAAGGGUUAAGUGCUGCCUGGUCGUCCUCGACAAAUUCAAAACUUUGAAUUCUUUUGAGACAAGCCCUGCGUCUGUUGAAUGACAGGUGAUAAAUCACAAACUGCGACACUUGUUUGCUGUAUACCUGGGACAGAUUGGGAAGGUUUAUCUUUGAACUAAAAAAAAUGUUUUUCAUCAUAGUUCGUGACGAUGGUACGACAAGAAGUUCACACAAGAAACCAAAAGAAGACACUUUCGGCCAAAACGACGAUGACUGGAUGGUGUACAGGUCAAUUGUGAGUAAAUAAUGUAACUAGUAAUCUGUAAGAUUCAGCCAUUCCGUCGUCUUCUUUUUUGUUGUCGUGUUUCCCCACUUGUCUGUUCCAUUUCAUCGAGCUCAGCCAAUAUUAACCCUUUGACCCCUAAGAGUGAUUGGCAUCUAAUUUCUCCUUACAGUAUCACUGCUGAAUCAAACAUUAAGGUCUUGAGAAUAGAGAAAAUGAUAACCAACUAGAGAAGCUUUUGAUAGGUGAACAAAUUCUCCGUCUCCAAAUUCACCUUAGAAAAAUGUUUGGAGAACAGCAUGGAGAAUAGAGAUACCCACGUUAGGGUGCAAGUUGACCUCAAAGUCACGUUUGGUCAACCAAAACCAAAGUAAUCACGACUGCCAAUCAAAACAACAGGAAAUGUCUGAAGAAGCCAGUGGGAACUAAAACUGAAAAUAAGCUCACUGCCUGAAGCGCAGAAAACGUGAGUGUGCCAGUCGUGAUUGGUCGAAAGUUAGGCGCGAAUUUUCUAAAUUGCUCUAAUUUGUAAAUUUUCUUUUCCUUUCCACAGAAUAAAGAUGCGGGUGACUCCGAUAGCGAAAAAGAACAGGAGGAACUGAACGAGCUAGAAAAUUUACUUAAGAAACACGAUCCCGACUUUUCAAAGUAAGUACUGUUCUUUUAUAGCGAAUACUUUACAUAUGACGAGCCUUUAAUGUUAAGGUAGAAAUGGCGAUUUUGACGGCGCAUAUGUAUAACAAAACCACACCCGUAAGUGCCAAUUCUGGAAGCCCCCGACGUCUAUGAAUUCUCUAAUGGCUAUUUCAUUCCGCUCGCAUUAACAACGACAAAAUUGUCUUUCUUUGUAGACGUUUUGGAGGGAAACCAGAGACUGCUGUUGAUUGGGCAGAGUAUUAUCAGCUACACCUUGGUGUAGAGAGGAUAAGGUAAUUUAGAAGGCCAUGGCCUUACUGCAGGGUAGCCACCGGGAAUCUUUCUUUGUUUGUGUUCGUCUGUUGGUCCUUAUUUUUUAUUUUAUUUUUUUUUUUUUUUUGAGAUUUCCUCAAUUCUGUUUGCUGUGAUUGGUCUUCUAGGUCACCAUGGUUACGUUGCCACGUUAGGCGUUGAGAAAUAGCGGCAACGUCAUGUUAUGUCCAAGGUCAAGGACCAGAAACAGCAAUGUGAGAAUGAUAUUCAUAUCUUUCUUUUUGGUGUUUUUUUUUUCUUUUUAGAGUCCCCGAGAUAGUAUAUCAACCAUCUUUGCUGGGCAUUGAACAAGCUGGCAUUUCUGAAACUAUAGACUUCAUACUUAAUCACUACUCGACAGACUUACAGACAGCUUUAGUGCAGGUAGGAUAUGGAAGGAUAUGCUUUUGUGAUUGACCAGUACGUACUUUGUUCCCUAAUGUUUAAUAGUGCUGUAGAUCAACUGUUUUGUUGUGUAGACAUGUGCUCGCGGUAAAUAGCUCUCAGGUUAUGUCACGCCCGGAUCGAUGUGAGAAGCACAGCUAGGUCUCUCAACGUGCUCCGCCAUGCUAUCUUCCCACUGCCUGGUUACGAGCUUAGGGGUAGUGGGUAGGGAGGAGGCAAGCGAAGGGUAGGGGAGGGGAGAGAGGUAGGAUCGACUCAAGUCUAAAAUUUGGGUCCGUGUUUUUGUUUAAACCCAACACUUUCCAUAAACAGUGAAGGCGCUAUUCCAGGACUUAGAACUCUUGGUGCAAUUUAGUGCGCAAAAUAACCUACAGAAGAAUUACAUCCUACAAACUUCAUAUAAACAUUCGUAAGAAGUAAGAAUAAAACUUGUCUUGUCAUGCCCCGAUAGUGUACCAUUAAAGAACGAUUUUCUCAUAAUUAUCAUGCUCUGCGCUAUUCGGUUUGCAUUAUUUCAGACUUAUUCUCCUACAACUUUUAAAUCAUGUUCAAUGGUAACUAAUUAACACUAGUCAAUCGAGUGGGUCGAGUGACCGGUAUUUCAUCAGUUAGAACAAAACUCUUUUUAGAAUUAUUAACUGUGCGGUCAUUCUGGUUUGUCAGACGCCUUUAUAAUCUAAGAAUGUAAGGCUCGGUCGUUGGCCGAGUGAAUUUAACACAAGUGUUGUGGAAACUUACAUCACAUCUGUAGUUGCCUCGUUUAUUUUUUCUCCUUAGAACGUGUUCGUGACUGGAGGAAACACCAAGUUUCCAAACUUUCAAGAACGUCUGGAGAGAGAGCUCCUAGCUAUCCGACCAUUCCAAUCAACAUUUAGAGUUUUUAAAGCAGGUAGACAAACCAGCUUGUUGCAGUAAUAACCGUAAUGAAAGCAUUCUUCUGUGACGUGAAGGAGAUAACAAAUGUCUUAAUUCUCCUUUCAAGGGUUUUACAAGAGUUUCGAAAAUAAUUCCGCAUGCUCUGUAUUUUUUCCUUUAUUUCUGACUGGUCAUUAAGAUUACCUCGUUUUGGGUUUUUCGAGUCUCCUGUUUCACAUUUUUCUGAGAAACUACAUCAAGACAUUACACAUGACUCAGCUGGCUAAUAAAUUCCCCUUGGCUCAGUUGGCAAAGAAUUAGAGUAAUUUUUAACUGAUUGUCGAAAGUAACAGAGGGUUGCGUUGGUUUUACUUCAGUACCCACUGUUAUUGGUCUCGAAAAUUCGCGCCAUCUCUUAACCAAUCAAAUGAAAAACUAAAACCAGUCCUUUCUUAAUGACUCGCGUUUUAUCGCGCUUCAGGCAAUUUACUUGUGCGUAACAAUUCUCAUUGGUUCCUCAUGAUAUAUUAUUUUUUGCAUGUGUUAUUUUUUGCUUUUCGAACGGCAUUUGUAAUUACUUUAUUUUUUUGGCUUAACGAUUUAACGAUACCAAAUCAAAAGGUUUUCUUAACCGCAAAAUAUAAGUCUGGCUGUAAAUGGAUCCUUCACCCGUGGAGGACUGGGAUUUCUCUUUGCUCCACACUCCCGACAGAUUUUUGACACCUUCCUUUUCCUAAUCCAUUUGUAGCCAAUCCUGUACUUGACGCCUGGAACGGAGCUCGUAAGUGGGCGAGGUCACUAAGCAGUCUACAAACAGUGAGCGUUACAAGACAGGAAUACGAGGAGAAAGGCGGAGACUACCUCAAGGAACACUUCGCUUCAAACCGUUACGUACCCGCCCCUACACAGUCGUGAUUGAAUUUCAACCGGUAGAGAGUAACAGACUGAAAUAACACUAAAUCAUACCUUGAUUUAAAAUCCUAGAGAAAAUCCUAGAAAAUCUAGAGGUUGCCUUUACAUAUCUAUUGACAACAAAAAAUAUAAACUGUAAUUUUCCAUAACUAGUUUUCUCUAAGGAGAAACUAGUUAAGGAAUACCUAGAAGUAUUAUCCAAUCUGGAACGUACUAACUGCCCUGGAAGAUCUUGAAAGAUAUUGUCUGUUGUUGAGUGGACCGAAACUGUUGUAAAUACAUCAUCGUAAAUUGCUUAAACCUUUCGCUGUUUUGAGUGAAUUAUGACACGUUCAUAUUUGAUCACUGCUUCAAAGUUCCUUUCGCCUCUUGUGCCCUUUCUCUAUUCGUUUGUGCGCCAAAAAGUAUCUUUAGGACUUUCACUUGCACAAGAGCUUUUUUAUGUGAUGGCCAUUCUCAACCCAGUUACACUCUCUACAUUUCCUAAGGUG